AGUGUUCAUCAAACGAUACAUAAAGUCAGUUUCUUCAUGGAAAGCUUAUCAUUUUAUAAGCCCGUUUUGAAAGGUUUCGGUCGGAAAGCCUAAAGAAACAAAGAAAGGAAAUUUUUCUUCUGGCAUUACUUUCUGAACCGCACACAUAAUUUUACUGUCUCAAGAGUAAAAGGAAUGCUUGUGUAAAUAAAAAGAAACAUUUCUUUGUUGCAACAAAAUGAAGUCGACUGUAUUGUAUCAUUAUUAUGGACCAGAGCGUAGGAAUGGCUUGUGUCGAUCUUUCAACACCAAACAUUAUGCAUUAACGAGUGCAGUUUACACUUUAAACGUUUCGAUUCUGGUGGUGUUGCUGUAUUCAUGGCAGAUAAAUGUGAAUGCUAAAAAAUUUCAAGUGCUUGGUGAUGUUUACUAUGGCAUUCAAAUUGCAUAUUAUGCUAUCAUUGGUAGUCAACUUUCCAUGGCUUUCUUAAGUAUGGUACUGAUAGUUGGAAUUAAUUCAGAAAAUAUCGGAUUAGUUGUUCCCUGGAUGUUGGGUCUCUUAAUUUUUAUGUCUUUGGAAGCACUUUGUACAGUUUAUGCAAAUAUCCUACGAGACCACAUUAACGGCCAUUUUGAUGGGCUGUGUAAAGCAGAAGUUACUGUAGCAAUGUAUUUUGUUAUGAAGUUCUAUCACAUGGUUCGCUCGGGUAUCUCAUUUAAAGUAAACGAGACUGUGAUUGAACUUUGACAGAACUCCUAUGAUUUUGAAGAGAAAUCAUCAACAACAGUCUCGUUUUGUCCCGACGACGAUGACUUUGGCUACUCCAAUUGCAGUCAUUCUGAGUAUGCCGAAGAAAUAUUUGGAAGUAAUGAUGGCAUUAGAGAUAAGAAUCAUGACAGUAUAAAGCGCCCAGCUGGGGAGGGAAGUGAUGAAAAUGAUUCGCUGCUGGUAGCUUACGACGCGGAUUCCAUCGUCUCAUUGUGACAUAAAAAACUCAUCAGUGAUCGUCCAUUUCGAAUUGUGAAAAUUAUGCUUUAAGAAUUGUUAAUUCUAUGAAUAUUUAAUCAAAUCUUUGUUUGAAUAAAUAACAAAUAAGAAUUUAUUUUAAUAAAACACGACACGAUGGGAAGAAGCUUAUUUAGAAUGAAAUAUGGCU